AUGGCAAGACUCAAACUGUGGGCCUCAGUGCGUGGACAUCUCAACUUCUACCGCAUUCACGUCUUGACGUUCACCCUCUUGCCGCUGGUUUUCUCGGGAAUCUUCUACGCGAGCAACGGACGACAGCACGUGGACUAUGUCGACGCACUGUUCAUAUGUGUCAGCGCGUUCACCAAUUGUGGCCUCGAAACCGUGGAACUGAGCUACUUGACGCCCUGGCAGCAAGUCCUGAUCUUCAUGCAGAUGUGUAUGGGAAGUCCGGUCGUUGUAUCCUGGCUGGUCGUACUAGUUAGAAGGUAUCACUUCGCGAAGACUUUCAAGACUGCCAUCGCGGCCUCCGCGACUGACGAUCUCAUUCGCCGAGGAGAUUCUAGGACAUUCAUACAUCACGAGCAUCUUGAUGCGGUCCCGGAGCUUUCACGAGAAACGAGCGGAGAAUCUCGCGUCAGCACUCACAAUGUACGACCUGAGAUGGAGACGUUGAACGAGAAGAUCGGAAUACAGCAGACGAAUGUCCAUCACCCAGUAUCCAUACUCCAGAAGCCCGGCAUCUCACCCCACCACAGCUCGAAUAAGGAUGGAAAGGAAGAAAACCCUCCGCUGGACGCCUCGCUUGGUCGUAAAGGAGGCUUCACGCGUCGCUUUUCCGACCCUGGGGCCGACAUGCCAUUGAUCAAUUUUGACCUUGAUUCCAAUGAUUCUAUACGACAUCGGGGGCGCUUUCGGCGUCCUUAUACGUCGCACAUCAUGGAAUGGUCCCCACCUCCAACCCAACCACCUGUUGUAAGAGACACCAGAGGCGAAUUGCAUGCAAGGAUAGAAGAAGAGCGAAGAUCCACACACCGACAAUCCAUGACCCCUCGUCCGCGAAGCAUCCGCACUGUCUCAUCUCUGAACCGCGGAUUCGGAGGCUUCCCGAUGCCCGACGAAAUAUUUUCUCAGCUUGUUCGCAAACUCAGCAGCCGCAGUCAUUCAACCAAUCAUCCUAGACGACCUGAAAUCCAACGACCCCCAAGUUACCUUAGAUUUAAUCCCAUAAUUGGUCGAAACUCGACAUUCUACUUGCAAAGCGAGGAGCAGCUCAUAGAGCUCGGGGGUGUGGAGUACCGGGCACUCAAUGCUUUGUUGAUAUUGGUUCCUUGCUAUCAUAUUGGUCUACAGCUCAUCGCUUUUAUAAUCCUCGCACCGUAUAUUUCUACACACAAGUGGAGCUCAAAUUUUGUACCGCCCCAGGUUCAUAGACGAAUACCUCCUCCAUGGUGGGGUAUUUAUUACCUCCAACUUGCGCUACUUACGGAACCAGAUUAUCAUAGGUUUGCACUAUUCCAAUCCAUUUCCUCCUACACAAACAAUGGCAUGUCCCUUGUCGAUCAGUCUAUGGUCCCCUUCCAGCGUGCAUAUGUAAUGGUGAUAGUUAUGGCCUUCCUGAUUCUGGCCGGAAACACUUGUUUUCCUAUAUUUCUACGCUUUUUAAUUUGGGUUAUUAGCCGUCUCGUUCGUAGGGAGUCCCGCUUGUACGAGACAUUGCAGUUUCUUCUAGAUCAUCCCCGGCGUUGCUUCCUAUACUUGUUUCCAUCCCAUCAGACUUGGUAUCUCUUGACCGUGGUAGUUAGUCUCACGUUCACCGAUUGGUUCUUCUUCGUCAUCUUAGACAUAGACAACCCCGACCUAGCCACCAUACCCAUCGGUCUCAAAUGCUUCAUCGGCGUCCUGCAGGCGGUCUCCAUUCGUACAGCAGGCGUUGCCACUGUAGCAAUGUCCUCUAUCGCCCCCGCCGUCAAGGUCCUGUACGUGGUCAUGAUGUAUAUCAGUGUCUAUCCCAUAGCACUCAGCAUACGAUCUACCAAUGUUUACGAGGAACAAUCGUUGGGUAUAUACGCUGAGAUCCACGAUGAAGACCGCUUCGUGCCGUCUGGUUCAAGGGCAAGGGUCUGGGGAAACUACAUAGCGUUGCACGCCCGACGACAGCUAGCAUUUGACAUAUGGUGGAUAGCCUUGGCCAUAUUCCUUGUUACUAUAAUCGAGCGGCCAAGCUUGGACAAGAUCGAGAACUACGCCUGGUUUAACAAUUUUAGCAUAAUUUUCGAGUUGGUGUCGGCUUACGGAGUUGUAGGCCUCAGCUUGGGUACACCAACCGAAAAUUAUGCACUAUCUGGCGCUUUCCGUCCACUAUCAAAGCUCAUUGUCUGCAUCGUAAUGAUCCGUGGUCGACACCGAGGCCUUCCUGUUGCUAUCGACCAAGCUGUCUUGUUGCCUCAAGAAACUAUGCCACUCGCGACGCAGCCAGAUAGCAGUGAAGUUCGGUCAUGA